CCUGUCCCGAUCUAUCGUUUAGCAACUGUAAAUUACCAAAUUAACAACAGGGUCUAAUUCAACACUUGGCCUAUAAAAGAUUGUCCGGUCAAGACGAGGGCUAAUACUCAAGGCAAUUCUCCUCAGAAAUCAAACAUAGCUUUCCGAGAGAUAAAACAAGAGAAGCUCUUCAGUCAGUGAUUUAGUCGAGUCGUGGCUGAAAUACCAAGUGUAGAAAGAAGGAUGCAACCCUACGGUGGACAUUAUUUGUGCCCUUAUUUCACUUGCACAUCUCCUUACUGCAUUGCAAUAAGGUCCAAUAUCACUUCAGCAUCUUCAGUGCCUUUGAAUCGAAGCCCCACAAGUUCGUCUGCAAACUCGGGAUCGGCGGCUACUUCAUUUUCGAUUUCUUCAAUUCUUUCACGCUCGGACGAGAGCAAUGAAGCAAAAGAGGUUACAGGUGACUUGCAUUCGCCAACCAAGGCUGAGACGUCGAUAUCUUUGGGGUCAUAUAAACAUUACUCAAUGGAAAGAUUUCACCCUUAUCAUUCCUCUCUUGGUGUCAGCGCAUUCACAAGAGCAGGAGGAUGUAGCACCAUUCAGAAAGAUGGUGAUAUUGUACUAUCGACAAUCUCUCGCCACGAGGAAAGCAAACCCUGGAACUUCAAGCAAGGAAAACCAAAGCGAAUACGCACAAUUUUCACACCAGAACAACUCGAAAGACUCGAAAAAGAGUUUGAACGACAACAAUACAUGGUCGGCGCUGAGAGACACUAUCUUGCUGCUUCGCUUAACCUAACAGAAACACAAGUUAAAGUUUGGUUUCAGAAUCGAAGAAUAAAAUGGAGGAAGCAGAAACUGGACAGACAGAAUGCGAGCAGCUAACUCGAUUUUGUCCCAAUCAUAAUUCAGUUAAUUUUUGCGCUUAAAUGAGACGCUCAUCUCUAUGAGAGAUAUGUAUGAUUCUACAAAUUGUGUCAUUAUUUGAACACUAAAAGAAUAUGGUUCAGCCAGAGGCAAGAUAAGGGACAAGCCUGGGCUAUUUUCCUCUUGUAACCCAAACACGGCAUAUCACAUGGCGAUCAAAAAAACCCACAAUAUUUUAUCUUAAUUUGCUCAAAGUGAGCCGUGAUUAUCCUCCCAUUUCUCUUUCGAAUAUAUCUGAUUUUGUGGUGAAAACCAAACGUGGUCCAUAAUCGGCCUAUUACUUAACAUCAACCCGCGUAAUAGACAGAUUAUUUACAGAGAAGGUUUCUUAGAGAAUGAUUAGUAGUUCGAGGCAGUUUUGGCAAGCCAGCCGGUCAUGAACUUGUUACCAAACAUGAUUAGAUUGUUUGGACUUUAAGGGGCCCCUUAUAGAUGAGGCUCAUCAAGAGAACCACUAUAUUUCGUGAUGUGUCUUCCGAUUGUUUAAAUAAAUAAAUUGAAGCAGUUGUUUUGAGCCGACAAGAUUCUUAAUUUUUACGACUCAUCUUGUCAAAUGAUUCGCUCAAUAAAGGGGUAGUAGAA